AAAAGAAAAGGAUUUCAUGAAACGUGUGCAAUACUUCCGCAUUACUUUGCCUUUGCCUUUGUACAUUGUAGAAUGCGAGGUCCGUGCGAGUGUGUAAAACGCCGGAUUGUUUCGGGUUGAGAUUACGAAAUCGGGACUGCGAAACUGAAAGGAGGCAGGCACUUUCUCCCCCGCCCCCCGCCCUCAUUCGGGGUGGGUCGACCACCAGCGAUAUCCGCGUCCGCUUCCUGAGAUGGACCGCGAGACAUCGGGCUCGAGUCGGGAGUCGUCUCGCUGCUAAAUUAAAGAGCGAGCGAAUGAGGGUGGCCCCGCCGCUUGCUUCCUAGCCGCCCGCUGUGCGGUUAUCGCGGCCGCAGAAGCUCCGCAAGGCUCUUGGUCGAGGCGGUGGUGCGUUCAAUGCCCCCCGUUCAUGGCGUGAACCGUGCUUUGGCGGCGUGUGAUGAUAGGAGACACGAUGACGCUCUUGUCUCUUCUUGGUCGGAUCAUGCGCUAUUUUCUCCUGAGGCCGGAGACGUUGUUCCUGUUGUGCAUCAGCCUGGCGCUGUGGAGCUACUUCUUCCACACGGACGAGGUGAAGACCAUCGUCAAGUCGAGCCGCGACGCCGUGAAGAUGGUGAAGGGCAAAGUGGCCGAGAUGAUGCACAACGACCGGCUGGGAGGCCUCAGCGUGCUGGACGCGGAGUUCUCCAAGACCUGGGAGUUCAAGAGCGACAACGUGGCCGUGUACUCCAUACAGGGCAGAAGGGACCACAUGGAGGACCGCUACGAAGUGCUCACGGACAUCGCCAACAAGAGCCACCCGUCCAUCUUCGGCAUCUUUGACGGCCACGGCGGAGAGGCUGCAGCGGACUUCGUGAAGGCCCACCUGCCCGAAGCCUUGAGGCAGCAGCUGCAGGCUUUGGAGCGAGAGAAGAAGGAGAGCGUCCAGUCGUACGCCGGCGUCCUGGAGCAGCGCAUCCUGAGCGUGGACAGAGACAUGCUGGACAGGCUGUCUGCCAACCACGACGAAGCGGGUACCACCUGUCUGGUGGCACUGCUGUCCGACAGGGAACUCACAGUGGCCAACGUCGGCGAUUCCCGCGGUGUCCUGUGCGACAAGGACGGCAACGCCGUGGCGCUGUCCCACGACCAUAAACCGUAUCAGCUCAAGGAGCGCAAAAGGAUCAAGAGGGCAGGAGGCUUCAUCAGUUUUAACGGCUCCUGGAGAGUUCAGGGAAUUCUGGCCAUGUCCCGCUCUCUGGGUGACUAUCCGUUAAAGAACCUCAACGUCGUCAUCCCCGACCCGGACAUCAUGACGUUCGACCUGGACAAACUGCAGCCCGAGUUCAUGAUCCUGGCGUCCGACGGCCUGUGGGACGCCUUCAGCAACGAGGAGGCGGUGCGCUUUGUCCGCGAGCGGCUGGACGAGCCGCACUUUGGCGCCAAAAGCAUCGUCUUGCAGUCCUUCUACCGCGGUUGCCCAGACAACAUCACCGUCAUGGUGGUCAAGUUCAAAAGCAGGGCAGGGGGGAGCAGCAAGGCGGGGGACUAGGCAUGGAAUUUUACCAGUCACGUAAAAUGCUACAGGAGGACUGAGACAAGCUAGGGCACGAGUAUUGGAUAAGUGUACAACUGGAUGAAUCAAACGCAGAAAAUGAAGACAAGGGAGCCUGAAUACUAUUAUUAUAUACCAAGAGAAAGUACCAGCAUGUAUUCAACUAUUACAGUUUACUGUCCAUUAUUGAUGCAGUUCCUCCCCCCCCCGCCCCCCACAGGAGCUUCUUCAGAAGACACUAUGGUGCCUAAUUGUAAAGUGUGGAAAAACACCAGCCUUCUGUCCACAUUCAAAAAAAAAAAAAUCCCAUUUCCUUAAAUAGAGGCAUCUUUCCAAAUAGACCCCUUCGCUCCAGUUAAACAUGGAAUUGAACAAAUAAGUGCUGUGUGUCAGACACCUGCUUCUUUUUUUUUUUUUAAUCCCUUCAAUGUUAAAAGUCGGUGGCCGUAAUUACACGGAGUCCUCUGUCUACGACUGAGAUCCGUUCCUACAGUAGCGACUUCACUCGAAUUUCGACUUAAGUCGGAUUCCACCAUGAAAGUCAGAAUUUACGUAAAAAUACUUUGUAUAAAAAACAAAUACAUGGAAAUAAACAAGAUGAUGUGCUUAGAUAUUGCGAAGAAACCUGGUCCUCAAGCCUCAAAUCAAAGUAUCAAAGAACCUUGUUUUGUGAUCAUUGUAUCCGACGUAGGAACAGAACCCUUCACAUGUGCUAAAAUACGAGCUUUGUCUUUAAUAAUUGUCACCACGGUCGACCGACUGAUGCCUUGGUGGUGUUUGGUGUCUCUCCUUUCUCCAAUCUUUUGAUGAUCUAGAGCUUUGUUUCCAUGGUAACGGAUUUUCUUUUGGCUGCAGAAGCAUUGCUAAAAGACACAGCUUUCUUUAUAAUGUUAAAAAAGGAGGACGAAAAAUGCAAACAUACUCCCGGCGCGCGAACAUGGACAAGCAUUAGCCAGACAAAAUGGCGGGGGGGGACAGGCGUUGUAAAGUCGAAACGUCUUGGGUCGAGACUUUAAACUAGGGACUAUCUGUACCUUUAACUACACCUAAACACACCACCUGCAGUGCAGAUUAAAAUUGGUGUCUUCAAAGUAACAGACAUGUUUUUGGAAUCUGUGAUUGGAAAAUGAUGUAUUACAUCCACUCAAGCCUAACGUGACCCCGGUGAUUGAUGGAAGAAGUGUAAUACAAUCCAUCCAUUCAUUUUCUUUCGCGCUUGUCCUCAUUAGGGCCACAGGUUAGCAGGACCCUACCCGAGCUGACUGGGUGAGAUGUGGGGUACACCCUUGACUGGUCGCCAGUCAGUCUCCGAUAUGGACAGACAACGUUUACACUCACGUUCACUCCUUUGGGCAAUUUAGAGUCUCCAGCCAACCGAAAAAGCAUGUUUGGCUGAUGUGUAAGCAAACAAACGGGGAGAACAUACAACAGAAACCUGUAACACAAUAUUUUAUAUACUAUACUAUGAUAAAAAUAUGAUGAAACUGCAUUUCUUAUACAUAAAGCAAUCCCUUUAAAAUAUGCCUGCUAUUCUUCUGUUGAGUUAAAAACAAAAAAAAGCCUCUGGCCACUAUAUGAAGAAAUAAAGUUUGACUUUAACAUUGCGGGUCCAGAAGAAUUUGCCAGUGCCCAAGAAAUAUGACAACAUAAUUCAACUGCAUAACACAGUGGUGCCUUGAAAUUACAUUUAAUUCAUUUAGUGAGCAUGUUUGUAACCGAAAACGCUUGUAUCUCAAAUUGUUUCCCCAUUGUAAUGAAUGGAAGUUAUUCGUCUGUUCCAAUUUCCCCUUCAAAAUAGAGAAUUGAAGUUUUUUUUUUAAAUGAUAAAACUAUACAUAUUAAUAAUAUUGUAUUUUAUAAAAACUUACAUUUGCAUGGAGACGGUCACUACUCAGCUAACUGCAGUAACAGUCACAGAAUAAAAAAAAAGCCUGUGAGUAUUGUUCUGAGUCUUUUUUUUUGUUUGCUUGUUUGUUUGUUUUUUUAAAUUCUACUUCUGCAUUUCAAAGACUUGGAAAAGAUUUGGAAAACUCUUCAUGAUCUGAUCACAUCUAAAGACAAGUUGUAAAGUUUUUUGUAACAGACUUGUCACAAACUGGGAUUGAAGACCAGCCCCUUUGUUUGCAAAAUUUCCUGUUUCCAUUGUUUUUUUUUUCUUAAGAGCUCAACUAUUUGGUUGUAGGUGGUGUGACGUCACCACAAAGACUGAAAGACUGAUCACAGCAAAACGCGUUUGGCAGUCGUAAAGCCGAGACCAGGAAAAGACUGAUCUAAAACAGCUAAGAUUGCUAUUUCAGUAAAACGAAUGUUCUUUUGACUUUCAGUUUUUAAAUCUGUGAAAAAUGUAAACUCAGCAUAAGGGUUACAACACCUUGACACCAAUGCCAUUCAUUAUCCCAUCUAUGGCAUUUUCCAUUGUCAGUCAUUAAGAUAAAUGAAGCUAUGUGGUUAUUUUAAAUAGAGAACAUGUAAUCCCUGUGUUUGAUUUAUAGUUUGAUAGUUAUGCAAGUUGGGUUCGCUGCCACCUUACAGUGCAUCUCAAAUGCUUGCUAGCAACUCCCCUGAAAAAAAUUAAAUCAUAAACUUUUUAAAUUGGCUCACUUGCAUCUCAAGGCACCACUGUACACACCUAAAAUUAACUCAUUUCCUGACAUAACAUUUAAGUCACUUCAGGGAAGCAAAAGGAUUUGAAUGGAUAGAGUCUGAUCUGUACGUCUCUGAAACUCAAGAACAAAAGUGGCAGCUGCCGUAAGAAUCUGGAUGAUGACACACGGCGUUGCACUGUAGUGCCGCUGCAGCCGUACACUGCAAAGUAACACGAGAAGCCCCUGAAGCAAUACAUUGUGUAACCAGUGUUGUCAAAAAGAUACAAAUUUUCAUUUCAAUUAAUUUCAGGUUCUUGCUUGCUGGACUGUAGUCGGAUAUUGUGUGACCUGUUGAGCAUCACUCCAUAAACAAAAAGGUAGCAUUAUAACCAUUGCAUUGUCUCUAUUUAGUUCUAAUUGCAAAUGUUUUUAUCUUAAAUCUGACCAAAUUCCCUUUAAAACUGGCUUCUUUAUAAAAGAAGUUGAAGCGUUUUCUUAUUUUUAUUUUAUUUUAAACGUACAGUACCUUAUAUGCCUUAUUUAUUGUUUUUGGUGUCAAGCAGAUUGCCAAAUCUGUGUACUGUAUAUACAUGUUUUUUUGUUCCUUUGUUUUACAAUAAAACAUUCUCAUCACUUCA